AUGGGUAAUAAUGCUGUAAAAGAACAUUGUGAAACAGCAAAAAAAACGGGAGUUUUUAAAUUGUCGCAAAAAAGACUCAGUGAAUUUCCUGAUGUUUUAUACGGUAUUAAAUCACAUUUGAGAAUAUUAGAUUUAUCUGAAAACAGGUUGAAUUCGUUACCCACAGAUAUAGGAACAUUUGAAAAAUUAAAACAUUUAAAAGUGAAUAAAAAUAAACUUGGUUUAUUACCAGAAAGUUUAGGUCAUUUGCAAAAAUUGGAAAGUUUAUCAGUUUGUGAUAACGAAAUAAGAGGACUUCCUCAAAGUUUGUCUAAUUUAACACAUUUAAAAAAAGUUAAUUUGAGUGGAAAUCUUCUUACAGUUUUUCCCAUUGUAUUUAAAAAUUUAAAAUCACUGGAUGUUUUAGAUUUAUCAAGAAAUAAAAUUGUAAGCAUUCCAGAUGAUGUUUCGCAAAUUUACGCAGUCGAAUUAAUAUUAAAUCAAAAUCAAAUAUCGACAUUGUCUCAAGAGAUAGCAAAAUGUCCCAGAUUAAAAACGUUAAGGUUGGAAGAAAAUUGCUUGCAAUUAUCAGCCAUUCCUCCGCAAUUAUUUAUCGAUUCAAAUAUUUCCGUUCUAACUCUAGAGGGUAAUUUAUUCGAAAUGAAAAGUUUAACACAAAUCGAAGGUUAUGAACAUUAUAUGGAUAGGUACACAGCUAUGAAAAAGAAAAUGUUUUAG